AUGAAAAUUCCAUUCUUGGUUCUAUCUUUUUUCCUACAAUGUUACUUCGCAUCUAGUCUUUAUCACCCCUUAGACCCUCUCAACACUACUGAAAUUGACCAAAUAAGGAACAUAAUUCAAAAGUCUCACCUUGCCUCUCUUCCUAACCUAACCUAUCAUUUUGUUGAUGUUGAAGAACCACAAAAAGAAGAUGUCCUCAACUGGCUUUCUAAUAAAGGAAUCAAGCCUAAUCGUCAAGCCAAGGUUGUCGUUCGAGCAAGGGGUGAGACAACCUAUGAACUCAUUGUAGACUUAACCGUUGGCUCAAUCACAUCAAACCAAGUCUACAAUGGUUCUGGCUAUCCUCCUCUCACUUUCAUUGAACUUUACCGAGCUAGCAAACUGCCUUUGACGUAUCCAGAAUUCAACAACUCAAUUCAAAGAAGGGGCCUAAAUUUGUCUGAAGUUUCUUGUGUACCAUUUACAGUAGGUUGGUUUGGUGAACGUGUUACAAAAAGAACUCUCAAAGUUGCAUGCUUUUAUCGUGGAGGGUCGGUUAAUGUGUUUGCAAGGCCUAUUCAAGGAAUAACUGUACUUGUUGAUGUUGAUUCAAUGAAGAUUACAAUGUACACGGAUAGACUUAGAGCACCUGUGCCUAAAGCUGAGGGUACUGACUUUCAAUCAUCAAAAGGGAAUCAAAAUUCUACUAAUUGUAACAUAACAAAUGGUGGGUUCACCAUUGAGGGCCAAAAUGUUAAAUGGGGUAAAUGGGAUUUCCGUGUGGGAUUCAAUGCUCGGGCAGGUGUUAUCAUAUCCACAGCUUCAAUAUUUGAUGACAGAGAAAAGAAGUUUAGGCGUGUGUUGUAUAGAGGACAUGUAUCUGAGACAUUUGUUCCAUAUAUGGAUCCUACAAGUGAAUGGUAUUAUAGGACAUACAUGGACAUUGGUGAAUAUGGGUUUGGUCGUGCAGCUGAUACCUUACAGCCAUCGAUUGAUUGCCCAGGGAAUGCUGCAUUUAUGGAUGGAUAUAUGGUUGGGCCAGAUGGACAGGCACAAAUGGUACCAAGGGCGAUUUGCAUUUUUGAGCGGUAUGCUGGUGAUGUAGCUUGGAGACAUACAGAAAUUAAUGUUCCUGGCAAAGUGAUAAGAAGCGGGGAGCCGGAAAUUACUUUGGUGGUUAGAAUGGUGGCUAAUGUGGGCAAUUAUGAUUAUAUUCUUGAUUGGGAAUUCAAACAAAGUGGCUCCAUCAAAGUUGGGGUGGAUUUGACAGGUAUACUAAUGAUGAAGGCUACGCCAUACACAAAUACCGACCAAAUAACGGAAAAUGAGUACGGACCCUUAGUAGCAGAAAACACUGUUGCUGUACACCACGACCACUUACUCACAUACUAUCUUGACCUUGACGUUGAUGGUAUCGACAACUCCUUCGUCAAAGACAAGUUACAAGCUAUAAGAGUAUCAAACGAGAACAUAAACACUACUUCACCAAGAAAAAGUUAUUGGACAGUAGUUAAAGAAAUUGCCAAAACUGAGGCAGAGGCUAGGAUUCAGCUUGGCUUGGAGCCAAGUGAACUUUUAGUAGUGAAUCCAAACAAGAAGACAAGGCUUGGGAAUCAUGUAGGUUACCGGCUGAUUACUGGACAACAGGUUAAUUCUCUUUUAUCUGAUGAUGAUUGGCCCCAAAUUAGGGUUGCUUAUACAAAGUAUCAACUAUGGGUGACUGCCUAUAACAAGUCGGAGAGGUGGGCUGGAGGUUUCUAUGCCGAUGGGAGUCGAGGAGAAGAUGGCUUGGCCAUUUGGAGUCAAAGGAACAGAGCAAUUGACAACAAAGAUAUAGUUCUAUGGUACACAGUUGGGUUUCAUCACGUUCCAUACCAAGAAGAUUUCCCAGUGAUGCCAAGUGUUCAUGGUGGAUUCGAGCUUCGACCCUCAAAUUAUUUCGAAAGUAACCCAUUGCUCAUAUAGGAAUGCUCUAAAACGUGGUAGUAUAACAAGCUCAAUGCCGGGAUUAUUAUCUGGCUAGCACUAGUUUUUGAAAAAACUGAAAUCCUUCUGCUCAAAUUAGUUAAAGGAACCAUGAUGGAUAUGAGCUUGAAGGUUUGAAUAAAAAUACUUUGUUCCAUUUUUA